AUGACGUCACAGGCGAUGUUCUCCACGGGAGGCGCGGAGGAGGGCGGCGAGGAGGUGCAGCAGCGGCAGCCGCGGGUGACUGCGCCCAUCGGGGGACCGUCAGGGGCGGGGGGGGGAACUGGCGGAAUUGGUAGAUUUGUGGGGGGAGUGGGGAAGGGGAAGGGGAGUAAGAGAACGGGGCGCGGAGGGGGAGGGGGAGGGGGAGGGGGAGGCGGGCGGAUCCGGACGCUGGGGGAUAUCGGGAGGCGGAGGGACGAGGAUGAGGAGGAGGACGACGAGGAUUACGAGGAUGAGGAUGACGACGACAGAGAGGAGUAUUACGCGGGGGGGGAGAAGAGCGGAAUAGCGGUGCAGGACCCCAACAAGCGCAGGGGGCCGGGCGGAAUGGCGGCGCGGGGGGGGGCGGGCGGGGGCGCGCUGGACGUGGACGAUAUCUUCGCGCGCGCGCAGCAGCAGGGCGCGCGCCAGGGCACCUCCGCGGACCUCGACGCGGGCGCGGGCGCAGGCGGAGGCGGGGGCGCGCGGAGAGGCGCGGGCGCGUUCAGCGGAGUGGGGAGGACGCUGGGGGGUCCAGGCGGGGAAGGGGCAGGGGGAGGCGCUGGCGCGGAAGCUGCGUCAGGGCAGGGGCAGGGGGGGGUGGCGGGGGAGGGGGGCCGGCGGGUGGUGCGGCACACGGUGACGUUUUACCUGAACGGGUUCACGGUGGACGAGGGGCCUCUGCGCCAGCUGCAGGACCCCGCCAACGCCGCCUUCCUCAAGGUGUGCGCUCCCCCAUCCCUCCGCCUCCAUGGCGCUGCCAUGCCACUCCGCCCUGCCACGCCCUUCUGUCCUGCCCAACCUGUACCCAUUAGUGCACUGCCUCUCCGCCCUCCGCCUGCCCUGCUGCUCCGCCACCCCACUCAACCCACCCCUCGCCCUCGCGCCCUGCCUCCUCGCAAUGCCCACCCAUCCCCACCCUCCCCCUCUCCCGCCUCCUGCCCUGCUCCGCUGCUGUACCCACUGUCCACUCGCAUUUUCCCAACCCCGCCUCCUCACAUGCCCCACAUCCCGCCAUGCUCUCUCCCCCCUCAGAGCAUCCUGGAGCGCGGUGAGUGUCCGCGCGAGCUGCAGAGCGCGGACCCCAACGAGGACGUGGAGCUCAACCUGCUGCGCAACAACUCCGAGUGGACGCCCCCACCAGAGCCCAAGUACGUGGCGUUCUCAGGCCAGGGCCGCACGCUGGGGGAUGCUGCUGCCGCCUCCGAUGCACAGGCACCGCCACAACCCCCUGCUGCUGCUGCACCUGCUGCCACUGGCCCCACCAACCCCCAGGCCCCUGCUGGAGGUCUACAGGUGGACGAGUCACAGCCGGUGACGUCCAUCCAGGUGCGCCUGGCGGAUGGCACGCGCCUGGUGGCGCGCUUCAACCACGCGCACACCGUCGCCCACAUCCGCGCCUUCAUCGACGCCGCCCGCCCGGGCGGCAGUGCCGGGCGGCGCUACUCGCUGCAGACCAUGGGGUUCCCGCCCAAGCGGCUGGAGGAUGAGAGCCAGACCAUUGCGGCCGCCGGGCUGGUCAACUCCGUGAUCGUGCAGCGGUGA